CUUAUCUACUACAGUUCAUCCCUUUACAGAUCUCCGUAUCGCCUGAAUCACUCACAAUUUCACCCCAAUCAUGAGUUCUCCCUUCGAUAUCAAUGGCGGUGCCUGCGUCGCCAUGGUGGGUAAGGACUGCGUUGCCAUCGCCUGCGAUCUCCGCCUGGGCAUGCAGGCCUUGACCGUCUCCAACAACUUCCCCAAGAUCUUCAACUACGGCCCUUCGACCUUCCUCGGCUUGACGGGUCUGGCGACCGAUGUGGCGACCGUGUCCGACCUUUUCCGCUUCAAAGUGAACAUGUACCGUCUUCGCGAGGAGCGGAACAUCGCGCCCCAGACCCUGGCCAACCUGGUCAGCUCGUCGUUGUACGAGAAGCGUUUCGGUCCUUUCUUCGUCAGCCCCGUCAUUGCCGGCAUCAACAGCACAACGGGCAAGCCCUUCAUCUGCGGGUUUGACAGCAUUGGGUGUAUCGAUUUCGCCAAGGACUUCAUUGUGAGCGGAACCGCAAGUGAUCAACUGUUCGGUACUUGCGAGGGUCUGUGGGAGCCGGACUUGGCUCCGGAGGACCUGUUCGAGACCAUCUCCCAAGCCCUUCUCAGUGCGGUCGACCGUGACGCUCUUUCCGGUUGGGGUGCCCAGGUUUACAUAAUAGAGAAAGAUAAGGUUACCAAGAGACUAUUGAAGGGAAGGCAGGAUUAGACGAGAUAAUUACUUGGAUCAUGAAUUUGUGUUAUUUUUCCCCCUUGCUGCAGUUAUGCUCAUUGUUCUGCUCUCUCUAAUAUGACGCUUCC